CAAACUUGGCCCGGCUAUCGAACCUCACCAUCCCCACUCUGGAUCAGGGCUACUAUAUAUCAAGCUUAGCUACGAAUCUUGUGGACCUGUUGGAGCUCGAGAUACAGCGUCAAUUGAUGACGGCAACCUCUCCAUGACUUGAACAGCGCGACCCCAUCUUUAUCUGGCCCAGAGUGACCACUACGCGUCUCUUGAAGCCAUGCAUCACUCCAGUCUGCGAUCAUGGCCUCUCUGGCUGGGCACCAUAGCUGGCAUGUUCUCACCGGCGGAAGGGCAGCAAGCCCUUGAAGAGAAGUACAAGGCAGCGUGCCCAGACUACAAAAGAUACUCCAUGUUUAUGCAUCGACCGUUCUCGGAAGGGGAAAUGCAGCUGCCAUUCCAGCGGCCCGAGAUCCGCUGUCGAACGUUCACAUCGCCGCUCGUGGAGGAGGUUAUCGACGAUAUCACAAGCAAGAUGGUAGACAAGGACCUGGCACGCCUCUUCGAGAACGCCUUCCCAAACACGCUCGAUACAACCGUCCGAUGGCACAUCGACGGGAAGGAAAAGUCAAAGCACACAGAGCUGAAGCGUGGCACACGGGAUGAAGGGAAAUGGGAGGGUCCCCAAUCGUUCGUGGUAACCGGGGACAUCAACGCCGAAUGGCUCCGCGACUCCACAAACCAGCUGCUUCAAUACCAACCACUAGCAAAGAAGGACGAGGCGAUCUUCAACCUGAUUCUCGGGGCGAUCAACACACAAGCAGAAUACGUGAUCGAGUCACCGUACUGCAAUGCCUUCCAGCCCCCUCGAGCGUCAAAGCUGCCAGCUACCCAGAAUGGACAAGAGGACUCUGUCCAUCCAGCCUACGAACCAUCCUUCGUCUUCGAAUGUAAGUAUGAGCUCGACUCCCUAGCACACUUCCUCGCACUGGCAAAUACGUUUUACAACCACACCGGUUCGUUCGACUUCCUUACCCCGCGGUGGUACAAAGCGCUCGACACAGUCCUCGGAGUCUUGGAUCAACAGUCACAAUCCACAUUUGAUCCCGAGACCGGGAGAUUUGAACGAAAUGCAUACACCUUUUCUCGACAGACGACACAGGGAACGGAAACGCUGCCUUUAGGCGGGGUAGGGAAUCCAUUGAAUUGGGGCACAGGCUUGAUAAGAUCUGCGUUCCGUCCCAGCGACGACGCAACGAUACUAGGAUUUUACAUCCCAGCAAACGCGCAAAUGGCCGUCGAGCUGAAGAAAACGGCCGACAUGUUAGCAGCAGCGAAAGAAGUGUCACGAGCGCAGCUUCUCGAUAAACGGGCACAGACGAUCACGGAUGGGAUCUGGGAGCAUGGCGUGGUGUUGCAUAAGAAAUAUGGGAGGGUAUUUGCGUACGAGGUUGACGGGUAUGGAGGGCAGAUAUUAAUGGAUGAUGCGAAUGUGCCUAGUUUACUAGCCCUCCCGAUUAUGGGCUUUGUGGAGAGGGAUAAUGUGGUGUAUCAGAAUACUAGGAAGAUGUUGUUGAGUAAGGAGGGCAAUCCGUAUUUUCUUGAGGGGUCGGCGUUUACUGGGAUUGGUGGUCCUCACAUCGGCUUCGAAUACGCCUGGCCAAUGUCUCUCCUCCUACAAGCCAUGACCUCAGACAAUGAUACGGAAAUCAGCCACUGCAUUAAAUUGGUGCUCUCCGCUUCGCCGUUAGGACUUGUCCAUGAAUCGAUCAAUGUGAAUCGAAUUCAUGAUUAUACUCGCAGCUGGUUUGCAUGGGCAAACUCCGUCUUCGCGCAGACGAUCCUUGAUAUAGCGAAGAGGAAACCCCAUUUGAUUUUUGGUGAGGGGGCGGAUGCUUAUGUUGUUGAAUAGGUAGAUAAGAUGAGGAAUGAAUAGAUGAAUGAAGACAAUGAACAAGGCCAUUGUUCUAGACAAUAUUGGAACAAAAAUGGGGUUUAGUGCCGAAAUUCACCUGAAGACUAGACACUGACUGGAAUCUCAAUGUACCGGAUCAACCUUGUACAUAGAGUUGAUGUGCAACAAAGUAUCUCACGCUCCAUAUUCACUGUCACCCCAUAUUAUCGGAUAAAAC